GAAAGGAGGGAGAGCGAGCCGUGUAGGCUGGAAAGAGAGGAAAGUAAAAGACUGAACGGGAGAAUGAAUGAAAUGUGAAAAGCUUAAACGAGAAAGAAAAACAUGCAUGAAAACGCCUCGAUUUCCCCCACAGCUAGCUUCCAAUUCCUCCUGUGGCUCAUCUGGGGAUGAAUUGCGCGCACUUCUCAACAGCUGUAUUUCCACCUAUUGUUGUCAGACAGAAUCGCCAUUGUCUUCGACCGGUUACAGUCCAACAAACACAAAUGGAGGGUUAGGUGCUGUUGGAAUUUAAGGGACCACCCAAUAAACAAACACAGACGUUGCAAGCUUGAGCAUUUUCGGGAAAACAUCCCUUCUCACUCCUUUGAUCAGUUAUACAUUUUUUAUAUUGCAACCCAUCAAACCAGUCCAGUGAACUCGUGGAGGUCAAUAUGUAACCGCAGAUAUCGAGAUAGCAUCUGUUUGCUCAGCAGAAGUCGACACACAUGCAACCGGAACAUUACUGUAAGAUGCAGGCGCGUGUAGAUGUUUGACAUACUCGUGUGUUACAUCAUGCGGAAAGUUGCCUACUCCACUGUUUAAAGCAGCCACGAGAAAGCAUCGACACGAAGUGUACGCUGUCGUCAUAAAGCAUUUCCAUCGGACCUGGACUAUUGGUUUCACACGACACUAGCUCCUCAUCCAAGUAUUCUUAUGUCCACUCCUCCCUUGACAUAACACUGAACACUAUAAGCUUCACAUUCCUCAGUGGAGCUGGAAACAAAAUAAAUGCGUUGGAAACUAUUAGAAGUACAGUAUCCGCUCUUCACUCCAUAUCCUGCAUGACUUCAUACAUAUUACUUCACCAUAUUAGGUCAGGUUGUGAUAAGCCAGUUUUCCCCUUCCUUCCUCCAGUGUAGAGGGUGCACCCUGUGAUUACAGAUUAACUACCUGCACUUGUUAUAGAGGGGAAAAGCACUUAACACUCUUCUGAUAUUGAAAAAGGAAAGACUGUGCAGCAGCUACAAUGUCAUUGUUGUACUCUAUGAAACGCGAUCAUGUUUGGGAUACAGGACUUUUUCAUUAGCUUUACUGACAGGACCCUGCGAGUACGUCAGGUGCUUGUUGUGAACGGAGGAGUUCUGUUUUAGAACAGAUACUCCAGUCAUUCACAGCUGAAACCGAGUUCAAGGUGAAAGGUCGGCCAGCCUCGAGAGAGUGCGGGCAUGCGCUCUGCAGGAAAAGUGCAGGCAAGCGCACAUAUGGCGACUUCAUCGAAGGAAACCGAGUGCGAGUUUAGUGAGGGUGUGUGAUAAAAACAGGAAGACACCAUUCUAAACAUGUGAUGGUGAAAACACUGGACUGAUUUCUGCUAGUUAACCAAAGUGAAGACUGAUGAACGUUACACGGGCCAAAUGAGACUUUCACUGUCUAAAUAUGAAGGAACAUUAGGGCCAUACAAAGAAAAAACAAAAAAACAAUGCGAUAGGAUUAAGGUCAAAGUUACAAGAAUAUACGUCAGGAGAAUACAGUCAGGAUAAUACAAACAACAUUUACCUGCAUUAAGAUUACGACAGUUGAGGAUCUUGUUCGGAGGCAGUUCCGCAUAACAAUGAAAUAGUUAAUGUUUUCGCACAACAUCAUCAGUAUCAGCGAAAUUUCAUAUCUGUUCCUAAGAACCAACAAGAUGAGAGAAAAUGCUUUUUUUGCGUGUGUGCGGGUUUGUUUGAUCGUCAACCAGAAGGGUUUUUACAAAUAUUUAAUAUUUAAUGAGGACUACAGUUCAAUUGAGGUAUUGUGUCACUGUCUAAAACAGAUAAAUAACUGGACGAGCCAAAAUUUUCUUCAAUUAAACCACAUCAAAACGGAGAUAAUUGUUUUGGCAAUAAAGAAAAGAGGAUUGCUGUUGGUAAAUACCUUGAGUCACUCUUUUUAAAAACCAAAGAUCAAGUACGAAACCUUGGUGUUCUGAUAGAUUCCGACCUGACUUUCAACAGUCAUAUCAAAUCAAUUUCUAAAACUGCCUUCUACCAUCUGAAGAACAUAUCCAGAGUGAAGGUCAAGCAGACCAGGAGAAGCUCAUCCAUGCUUUUAUCUCAAGUAGACUUGACUAUUGUAAUGGUCUUCUGACUGGACUCCCUAAAAAAAGCAUUAACCAGCUGCAGCUCAUUCAGAAUGCUGCAGCUCGGGUUCUGACCAGAACAAAGAGGUCAGCGCAUAUUACUCCAAUUCUAAAGUCUUUACACUGGCUUCCAGUCAGCUUUACAAUAGAUUUUAAAGUUCUGCUACUGGUCUAGAAAUUAGCUGUUAGCUAUUAUGCGGCACACAAAUGUUUCUUGUCAUGUUACUUUAUUUUUUUUUUAAUUCUCAUUACUUUCCAGCUUUUGUUUUAUUUUUCCUCAUUUCAGUGUGGCCCUAAUACUUUGUACAGACACAUGCGAAAAAAACUAAACAACAAAAAAAAACUCUGUAUGUUAGUCAGAGUUGUGCACUGGAAAGAGUCAUUUUCAUGGAACUAAUCCAGAAACAGACAGCUCAGCGCUCAUCCUCUGCACUGAAGCGAGUGAAGUGCAAUGAUCGUUGGCCAAUAGAUUCCUGUUCUCCAUAAAAUCACGGUAUUUUUGUUUUAUGGAGGCAAAGUCCGGGUUUACUGUUCAAACCAAGGUCAUUUAUGUUGGCAGAACAAAGUACAGAGCAGUUUUCCAAAUCAAAUCCUCCUCAGUGUCAAUUUCCAGCCAAAGAGGCCUGUUGAAACUCCAGCUGAAUUGUGGUUCUGAAGAAUUUUGCAACAUUCCUAACCAGACAAAUAUAUGGUCACAUGUCAUAUGAAAAUAAUUAGAAUUAUUCCAUUCACUGCGAUACUGUGCAUUCUUCAAAAUGAAUAUACGAAGUCAGUCAUUGUCUUGGUUACAAUGAAAAAUGGCAUAGUCGAUUAUGAAUGUUUUUUGUCGUUGUUGGUUAGCUCACUUUGCGUCACUUCAAUACACUGUUUACCUUUCUUUUUUGGUAUACAGGUACGACAUAUAUAUUUAUUCUUGCAUAUCAGCUGUUGUUGAUGGACAGCAGACCUGUCAAUGGCCCACUCUGCAGGGGCCAUCUUGGCUCUUUCACAACGGAAUCUGUUUGCACUGCUGUUAUCUGGGCUAUCAAGUGGAGUUGCAUUCCACUCCAUUCCGACAAGCCUGCGACUCCAUCUUGACUGUGUUUCACUGUAAGACGAAACAUUCAAUGGGAAGGUAUUUUCUUUACUCAGAAGAGAAAACAUUCCUACAACUGCAAGAGUUUCUGCAGGGACAAAGUCUCAUUGCAGAACCUGCAUGUUAAAGGUCAUCAGAAAUGAGUGUUAAUUAAAUGCUAACAAGUUCGACUCUUAACUAAGCGGGAUAGGCGACGGUUGCACUGUGACUGGUUUAACACACAGCAAGCCAAAUUAGCCUAAUCAAAACAAUGAAUUGCGCAUCACUGCAGGAGCACAAUCACUUGAUAUGAUUGAUGAUUGAUUGUUUAGUGGUGCACUUUGACUCGAGUGGCGUUCGUGAGACGAUGUCUCACUCAGUACGAGCAACUGUGACACACCUGAAUUGUUUCGAUAGGCUUCAUUGUCUCUGUUCUUCAAUCAUUCAAAUGCAAAUACAAGAUGCACUUCUACCACUCAUUUACAUCGAGAUGCGGUUGAGAAUUCCUUUCUACUUGAAGUGUCUACAUGCGAUUCCAUUCAAAGAAAUGAUGAAACUGAUGGCUCGGCGCCCACGUCAUCUCGAAUUUUAUUCAUUCCCUCUGCACACUCUCACCGAUGAAGACAUUCACUGUGCCCUCGCCUCGCCCCGCCCUUGUUUUACUGGUUUCGGCUUAACCAGUUUAGCCUCUCCCCCCCCCCCCCCCCCGUUUGCUCCAUAUAACUCCAGGCCAGAAGCACCUGUGGGAUCACUUUGCUCCUGUGCUGACACAAGUCACUGAAUGUCACAGCAUCCUCGCUGCAUUUGAGCGAAAACUAUAGAACGGCAUGGCAUCUGAGCAGGACAACUGCCACCUGUGUAAGGAGUACCUCAGGGAUGCGGUGUCCAUUCCGUGCGGGCACAUCUUCUGCUCCAUUUGCCUGAAGACCUACUGGGACCACGCAGACCACACGGGCACAUACAUGUGCCCACAGUGCCGGGUCACCUACAGCAAGAGGCCCACGCCCAGACGCACCGGAGGCUCUCGGCACUCUACCCUUCAACGCAACUCAGACGCCUUCCCGCCUCCACCUCCGUCCCCUGACUACAACGUUGCCGGACCGCAGGAUGUGGGCUGCGACAUCUGCGUGGGCAAGAAGAACAAAGCCAUCAAGACCUGCUUGAUGUGCCUGGCCUCCUACUGCGAGAGGCACCUCAAGCCCCAUUAUGAGUCGGCGACUUUUAAACGGCACAAGCUGGUGGAUGAAAUCGGCCAUCUGGACCGGCAGAUCUGUCCCCAGCAUCAGAAGGGUCUGGAGCUGUUCUGCCGCACGGACCAGAUGUGCAUCUGCGUGCUGUGUACGGUGAAAGAGCACAAAGGUCACGACAUGGUGUCUGCGGAGCAAGAGCGGGCGGAAGAACAGCAACGCCUGGGUGCCACCCAGGCUGAGAUCCAGGAGAGGAUUCACGAUCGACUCAAACAGAUGGAGGAACUGAAACAAGCGGUAGACACACUCAAGAACUCAGCCCAGAGAGCAAUGCAGGAAUGUGAGAAGAUGUUUGGCGACAUGAUACGCUCCAUUGAGAGAAUGCAGCAAGAGAUGGCCAAGAUGAUCUCCACCAAUAAGCGGGCGGCACUCAACAACGCCGAGGGUCACGUGGAGCGUCUGACCCACGAGAUCUCUGACCUGAAGAGGAGAGACAGUGAGAUCACUCAACUGUCCCGCACUGAGGACCACAUCCACUUCAUUCAGAGCUACCACAUGCUGAUAGCCCAGACUGAGGCUGAGGAGCUGCCCACGGUGACCGUGAACCCUUACUUCACCUUCGGCCCAGUUACUAAGGCCGUGUCCGAGAUGAAACAGCACAUGAACGAAUUUAGCAAUGAUGAACUCGUGAAAGUAGCCAAGACGGUUAACAAAAUGACCUUUUGUCAACUGGAGGAGUCCAAAAAGAAGCGCACAUUGAAAGCAGAUGACGCUCCCAUGUACAGAUCUGUGCAAGUCCAGGAACCACAGCACAGGGACGACUUCCUAAAAUAUGCUUGCCAACUUACUCUGAACCCAAACACAGCCUACCGACAGCUCCACCUGUCUCGAGGGAACAGGAAAGCUGCCCUCAAGAGAGACCCCCAGUCUUACAGUGACAGUGCCGCCAGGUUUGACUCUUUGCCCCAGGUCCUGUGCACGGAGGCCCUCUCAGGUGGCGCCUACUACUGGGAGGUCGACUGGAGUGGGGAGGGGGCUGCCGUGGGUGUCACCUACAAAGGCAUCAAGAGGACGGGUUACGGAGACAGCUGCCGCAUCGGCUACAAUCACAAAUCUUGGAGCCUCUUCUGCUCUGACUCCAGCUAUUCUGCACGCCACAACAAGGACCAGAUAGAGGUCAACGCGCCAUACUCCUCUCGAAUUGGGGUCUUCCUGGACCACGCCGGGGGAACCCUCUCUUUUUACUCUCUCGGGGAAACAAUGUCUCUCAUUCACCGCUUCAAGGCCUCAUUCAGUGAGCCUGUCUAUCCGGGCUUCUGGGUUUGGUACGAGUCAUCCAUCACUCUCAUCCAGCUCUGAUAAGAACACAGAGCAAUGUACAAGUUAUUUAAUUUGAUCGCGUCUCGUGAAUUUAAAAGUUAUACGUUUAUUUGGGGAGUUGGGGAACCUGUAUUGUUGAUGACCAUGAAUAUUCUGCAGAUGUGUGGAUUUGGGCAAUCAGAUGAACAAAGUGAACGAGAGCGCUGUAUACCUCCGCAUUUACGUGAGGAACUGUAUUUGAUUGAAAUUGCCAUUUAUACGAGAUGUAUUUGUUUUUAAUAAAGAUAUUAUGAAGGGCUCACUAAUGGUGUUAGUGGUACACUUGCCUGACUUUGGUGUUCAGUUCCCACUCAGUGACCGUGCGAAUGUGAGUGCAAACGGUUGUCUGCCCGGCAACUGACUGGUGACCGGUUCGGGGUGUUGCCUGCCUUUUGCCCGGUGACCCUGACCAGGAUAAGCGGCGUAGAGAAUGAACGGAUGGAUUUUAUCAGGGUGUGCCGUGUCACUCUGGUUUGUGCCGUUGUUUCAUCGCACACCAAAGGCCUGAUCCUGAAGAUGGAGUACUGACAAAAAAACUGAGGUGGAGUUUGCAGUUAAUAAAACAAACACUUUUGUCAUAUACUGUAUGUUAAAACUGUCUGUAUGAGCUGACA